AGUACACCAUCCAAGACUUUAACCACCUUCCUCAUUAGGCGCAAGUACUGCGAUAGCCAUGGUGACCAUAUUCAUUGAUAUGCCUCUGACCCCCGGAUCUCAACGUCUGACCGUUGCUGAUGGCCUUCCGUCUGCUCCUCGACUCUCUGGCAUUUCCCAACACACAAGAUCGUCAGGGCUGUAAAAUCGGCCGGUUGUGAGCUCCUCGCCAUGGCCGACUACGAAAAGUACCGUUACACGGGACCGAGUGAUGCCGACGUCGAACCAGAAGGUCUUUCGACCGCUCGCUCGGGACGCUACACGGACGGCGCUCCUGCUGGCUAUCAUGAUCACGAUGUCUUCGGCAACGAGGAGAAUGCUGCCAUCAAGUACAAGACUCUAUCAUGGCCGCUUGUCGCUGUCCUCAUGAUCGCCGAGAUCGUCAGCAAUGGCAUGCUGUCUCUCCCUGCGGCAACUGCUGUCGUCGGCAUUGUGCCCGGGGUCAUUCUGAUUGCGUUCCUCGGUACCUUCGCUUUAUACACGUCCCUGAUUCUGAUCGAUUUCAAACUCAAUCAUCCCGAGGUCCACAACAUGGGUGAUGCAGGCCUGAUCAUGGGAGGUCCAAUCCUGCGAGAGAUCCUCGCAGGAGGAACCGUCAUUUUCGCCAUCUUCGCAACGGGAUCGCAAUUGCUCGCCGGCCAAAUCACUCUGGGCGUGCUCUCGGAAAACAAGCUCUGCUUGAUGCUUUAUACUGGAAUCUUCGCCGUUGCCACCCUCGUUCUGUCCUUCCCUCGGACGCUCGACUCCCUCUCCUGGCUGUGCAUUCCAUCUUGCAUCUGCAUCCUCGUGGCCGGUGUCGUAGGCAUGGCCGCGGCAGGGGCCAACCCAGCUCCGGACCGCCACAUCGACAUCGCACGAUCCGCCAGCUUCUACGAUGCGUUCGUGUCGAUCACGAACCCUGUUUUCGCCUACGCCGGACAUUUCAUGUUCUUCAUCCUAAUCUCGGAAAUGAAGAGGCCUCAAGAUGCCAAAAAGGCGGCAUGGGUCUUGCAAACUUUUGCCACGACCUUCUACAUCGUCUUCACCGUCGUGGUGUACGUCUACCUCGGGCCCUCCGUGCAAUCCCCAGCGUUCUCCUCCCUGCCUCCAAAAUGGGCUAAAGCUACGUACGGCAUCGCACUGCCCAACUUCCUGAUCGCAGGCAGCCUAUACUCCCACACAGCGGCGAAACUCUUCUUCAUCCGCAUGUUCCGCCACACCCGCCAUCUGCACGAGCACACGGCCCUCGGCUGGACGGCGUGGACGAUCUUGAUCAUCCUGGCCAACGGCGCAGCCUUCGUGCUCGCCGUCGGCGUGCCGAUCUUCGCAUAUCUCGUCUCCAUCGCCGCGAGUCUGUUCGCCAGCUGGUACACGUACGGUAUUGCCGGCGCUUUCUGGCUGUACGACGCGUGGCACGGUCUCGACAAGGGCCGUGGUCGUGGCGCGUAUGGGUUGAGCGCGUGGAAGGCGAGCCCGUUCAAGACGUUGAUCAAUUCUGCGACUUUUCUGGCCGGAGCGUUCAUUUGUGUUGCCGGGACUUAUGUCUCGAUCAAGCUGAUCAUCGACGCAUACAACAGCGGCUCUGUUGGAGCGCCGUUUGCGUGCUAGUAUCUGUGAACAUAUAAUCAUCUGACGGAGACUGCACUCCGCCCUCACCUAUUGCACAGGGUUCCAAACUUAAGUCUGUCUGUCUCUGGUGCUUCUUUCCACGAACGCCUUGGGCCCCACACCAUCCAUCCAUCCGCACUCGACAGUCCGUCAAAUAUGUAUACCAUCUGUCCAACCCUAGCCAACUCAAAGGUUCUCAUAUUUUGAGGGAAGCCUCGGGCGUUGUGCCCACCAAACAUGGAAUCUAAAAACCACAAUUGUCUAUGGCAGAUGACUUAUACAUUGAUGUAACAUAUGCUCGAGAAGCGUGAUAAGAGGGCAUACAAUUGAUUGAUCCAUCUCCAGGUAGUAUACGCGCAUUCUGCGAGUCUGGAAACUUGCCG